UUAUAGCAGUCGGUUUAAAGCGGGGAUCUGAUGAGCUUCUUUCUUCUGGCAUCAUUAACAGACCCUUUACCAUGAACAAUUCCACUUCUUCUACAGGUGUGUAUGCUAAUGGGAAUGACAACAAGAAAUUUAAAGGAGAUAGACCUCCCUGUUCACCUUCCCGUGUUCUCCAUCUUCGCAAAAUUCCAAGUGAUGUUACUGAAGCAGAGGUCAUAUCAUUAGGUCUACCAUUUGGCAAAGUAACUAAUCUUUUGAUGUUGAAAGGAAAAAGCCAGGCUUUCUUAGAAAUGGCUUCUGAGGAAGCUGCUGUUACUAUGGUGAAUUAUUACACUCCUGUUACUCCUCACCUUCGAAGUCAGCCUGUUUUUAUUCAGUAUUCCAAUCACAGAGAACUUAAGACUGACAAUCUACCUAAUCAAGCUAGAGCCCAAGCUGCACUGCAGGCUGUUAGUGCUGUUCAGUCAGGAAAUCUGGCGCUUCCUGGAGCUCCCACCAAUGAAGGCACAGUCCUACCUGGGCAGAGUCCUGUGCUCCGAAUAAUUAUUGAAAACCUCUUUUAUCCUGUUACUCUGGAAGUUCUUCAUCAGAUAUUUUCUAAAUUUGGCACAGUCUUAAAGAUUAUCACCUUUACAAAGAAUAAUCAAUUUCAAGCCUUGCUUCAGUAUGCUGACCCAUUGAAUGCACAUUAUGCCAAAAUGGCUCUGGAUGGCCAGAAUAUCUAUAAUGCAUGCUGCACUCUGCGUAUUGACUUCUCCAAGCUCACCAGCCUUAAUGUGAAAUAUAAUAACGACAAAAGCAGAGACUUCACUCGCUUAGACCUUCCUACUGGUGAUGGCCAGCCAUCCCUUGAACCCCCUAUGGCUGCUGCUUUUGGUGCACCAGGUAUAAUUUCCUCACCAUAUGCUGGGGCUGCUGGAUUUGCCCCAGCCAUUGGAUUUCCUCAAGCUACAGGUCUGUCAGUCCCGGCUGGACUAGGUCCUGGAGCUCUUGGUCCUCUCACAAUCACCUCCUCUGCUGUCACUGGAAGGAUGGCCAUCCCUGGAACUAGUGGAAUUCCGGGAAAUUCCGUUCUGCUUGUCACCAACCUUAAUCCUGAUCUUAUCACACCACAUGGACUUUUUAUCCUAUUUGGAGUAUAUGGUGAUGUACAUCGAGUGAAGAUAAUGUUUAAUAAGAAAGAAAAUGCCUUGGUUCAGAUGGCAGAUGCAAAUCAAGCUCAGCUAGCAAUGAACCAUCUGAGCGGACAGAGACUGUAUGGGAAAGUGCUUCGUGCUACUCUGUCCAAACAUCAAGCAGUUCAGCUUCCUCGAGAGGGACAAGAAGACCAAGGUCUGACUAAGGAUUUUAGCAAUAGUCCUUUGCAUCGUUUUAAAAAGCCUGGAUCUAAAAACUUUCAGAAUAUUUUUCCACCAUCAGCCACUCUGCAUCUUUCCAACAUCCCCCCCUCUGUUACAGUGGAUGAUCUGAAGAACCUUUUCACAGAAGCUGGAUGUUCAGUGAAGGCUUUUAAAUUUUUUCAGAAAGAUCGCAAAAUGGCACUCAUUCAGUUGGGAUCUGUGGAAGAAGCAAUCCAGGCCCUCAUUGAGCUUCAUAACCAUGACCUUGGAGAAAAUCACCACCUCAGAGUUUCCUUCUCAAAAUCUACAAUCUGACUUUUCUGUGAAUUUUUCUCCUAAGGCUGGACCAUAAUUUCAGUAAAACCUUCAGACAUAGACUGAAGCACUCAAGACCAAUUCUGCCUCUUUCACAAAAAUAACUUUCUGAAUUUGAUAUUCGAGUAUGUUUAAAAAAUCACGGGAUGUUCUCUUUUCCCAUUUUUUUCCCCUGCGAAUUUGUGAUCAAAGGUGUGUUUUUCUUUUGUACCAUAGUUUCUAUGAAAAUAACCUUCAGGAAAAAAAAUUUUUUUGAAUAAUUUAAUUCCCUAUAUUAAAUUGAAUUUCAAGAGGACAGACUUUCUUUUAGUUUGGGUCCAGAUCAGCCUUAUACAACAUUUCUAACCUUCUUUGUACUUUGAGAAAUUCAAACGUACAGACUUUUUAAAUUACUUGAUGCAAGUAAUUUAAAUUACUUACAACCAAGUUUUUAACUUUAUGAUUCAGAAGUUUGACUCCUGUGGCAAAUUAUGUUCAUGUAUAAGUUACAUCAAUUAUUUGGCAUAUAUUGAUACUUACAAUACAUAAACAAAUUGGGUUGUAUUGGAAGCAAGUUUAUAAACAUGAAUGUUUUCUUUCCAUUUUUUUUUCACUCUAAGACACUCCUUUGCGUAUCUUUGACUUUCUAAGACUAUUUGGAAAAUGAAGUGUCUCAACUGUCUCUUGGAAAAUUAAGUGGAAUCCAAUCAGAAUCUGUUAAGAUGUCAGAAUAAUUAAUAAUUUUAUUAGGAAAAAUUAUGUUUUAAAUUUCAAAAUGACACUUACUUGCCUAGUAAUAUAAUAUGAUCUUGGAAAAUUUAAAAAGAAAAAUAAUCCUACUUAUAAACUACUUUUUUAUAAUUGUUUUCAGAAAAAAGUUUACAGUCUUAAGGAAAAUAUUCAGGUCUAUCAUAUGGUUUGACAGAUUUUUAAAAGUUAUUUUUGGUAAGGUCUUCUUUUAGAAAAAAAUUAAUCUCAAGGGUUUUUUGUACCACUAUAAUCUCUAAUACUUAUUCAGAAUUACUGUGUAUUUACUUAAUUUCUUAUUAUGUGCCUUAUUAUGUGCUUAUGAUACAAUAGGUUAGAGUUUUAUCUAAGUAUCUUGAAAGCUAUAUUGUGGGCUUGGUGAGCGUUUGUUUUUUCUUUCCCUGUUUUGGUAAGGAUUUUGAAGUUUUUUUUUAAUUGCAGUUUUAAGUGGUUUUCAGUAAGUAAUAGUUUCUAUUCAAAUUUUUGGUGCUUUGGUGUAGAGAUGGGGUGGAGACGGGUGAAUGGUUUUGGGACUAACUCAGUGCACACCUGUAGGCCUCUUCACAUGGUGACCAGCAGUGGUCAUUGCCAGUAAUAGCAUACCAGUUUGGGGCUAUAAAAUGCAAGCUCAGUUUCUGGAUCUUGUCUGAUCUUUAUCACCCAUUAGAAUUUGUCUCAGGAUUACUUGAUUUUUGUCAUAGACUUAAGUGAGAACUUGCUUUUCUUUGUUCGUGUAACUCCAUUCCUGAGUGCCCACAUACAUGGAGUAUGAGAAGGUGGGUUCUUUCUCAUACUCUGUCUCUGUUUUUGGUUGAAUGUAAUAGUACGUUUUAAUGUUGCUUCAGUGAUUGUAUAAUGUAAAAUUGUUUCUUUUUAAUUAGAUAAUUUGCUUUUGUUAAUUAUUCCUUCAGUGCUUGAUCAAAUUUUUUUAAAGCAGAAUUUGUUAAAAGGGUCAUUUUGUCCACCCCUUUUACACUUUUCAGAUUCUCAGAGUGGCUCAUCUCACCUUUUAAAAGAAUAUCUCAAUCUCUUUGCUACAUUCAAGCCUUUAAUUUGAACACAGGAAGGUUUUUACAAAAGAAAUUUUAUAGAAAAUUAGAGACUACAAGAGAUUUAGGUUGUUAAAAAGCAUAGUUGGUGGAACACAAAAGAGGACACCACAUUGAGUCCUUUCAAAUUGACCCAUUUUAGUACUGGCUGAAUAAAUAGAUGUAAUCAUUUGUCUAGUUUUUAUUUUUUCACCUAUGAAAAAUAUUUUCACCAAAACAAAGAGUAAGAAGGGAGGGGAGAAAAGUUUUUUUCUGUUAAGAAAUCUCCUAAAAUUGGCUUAAUUUUUUUCCUUCCAUACAGGCACUAUUGUAAUUUUCAAUGGCAUAUUAAAUUGGAUUAUUUCUUCUUCUUUUUUUUCUUUUUUUUUUUUUUUUGAGUUAACUGUGUAGUUUUAAAUCUUGAUACUCAUAACAUUCAGUGCAAGUGUAGCAAAACUGUAGCAGAAUGGAGAUCAUAAUGGUGUUGAAUGUAAUUUUGAAGUAGGGAAUGGCCUUUAUAUCUGAGAACAUUUGAAUCCUUUUCAGGGAUUUGUGUGUGUAUAUACAUACAUACACUGUUCUUAUGUUGUACAUACAUAUGCAUAUUACAUACAUUAUAAUUUAUUGACGAAAUAAAUCAAAUUAAGAUUUGGAAGAUGAGAUAUUCUUGUUUAAAAUCGUUGUGUUUGGAACCGUCAAUUUGUGUCUAAAAUUAGCUGUAGCACAUGGAUGUUGUCCAUAUUGGGCUACUUGCUCUUGGAAUUAUAGAGGUCUACAGUAUUUGUGUUGGUAUAGUUUCUGUAAAAAGAUUUUAAAAUAUCAGGGUAGUGGAAAAAUUAGAUCUUUGUAUUUUUGUUUGGCAUGCAUUUAUUUGAUAUCUUCUAAUAAGCACUGUUUGUUUUCACUGUUGAGCUGUCAUAGUAUCCUAUUUUUAAGUUUAUUUACUUUAUUUUAAGGAGUAUUGUCUUACCACUUUUGGAGGUGUCUGACUUUGACACAACAUAUGUAUAUAUUCAGGACUUUAAAAAAUAGCAGUACACGUUUAACAGUAGCAAUUUAUGCCAAAAAGUUUUACUUUGAGAUUUAAAUCACUUACAUUACAGUAAAUUGUGUUUUGUGUGAGAUACAAAUAGAAAAAUGACCCAGUAUCUUAAUUUGAUACCUUACUAGAGAGUAUCAGAAUUACACAGUAGCUCCUACAAAAUGCCAUAAAUUCAUUCUAUAAUGCCAUUUGUAGUGGUGUUUCUGAUUUUGUUGUUGAAAGUUGCAGAUCUCUCUGUUUUAGAGACACAGUUUCUGCCUGCCUAAUUCGUUAUGGAAUUAUAAAGUAAUGCCUCCUUUGGCUCCACCUAGAAUGGUGGCCAUAGGUUCUGUUUCGUCUGAUUGGAAGAACUCUCAUGAAUGUCUCUGUUCAGUUUUAUAUAAACUUUUCAAAGCUUCCAUGUCACUGGACAGCAGAGUUUAUACACUGAGUAUAUUAUCAUGUAAUUCCUCUUCUGUUCCCACUAAAUAUUUCUGCACAAAAGAUGACAAGCUCAAAAGUAUGUGUUUUUCUCUCCAAUGAGUCACUUAAAACUAAGUCUGCAGAACUAUCAGCCCAUCUCUUAGAGAAAACCUAAUGUGUACUGCUAUUUUUAAAACCAAAAAGACAGCAUGACUACGCGUAAAAAGCAUUUUUCUUAGCCUUUCUUUUGUCUUGAUAUGUUAACAAGAAUAAAACUGCCGGACUUAAAAUAUUCUACUAUUGUGCUAGAAGAAAUACAGUUUAGACUGCAUGAAACUUUUCCUUGAAAGAAAAUAUAACUCAGCUGUCUUUUAAGAGCUGGUUAUCUACAAGACUAUUUGCAGUCUUUUUUCAGAGCAAAUUUUAACAGCUAGUUGUGAAUGGUUUAAAAAAUAGAAAAUUACUAAAAUAAUAGUUUUGGGGGUUUUAUAGAGGGAGAAAAACAACACAGGACCAAAGUUUAUGUGCCUUCUUCAGUAGUCUUAAUUGAUCUUUUCUUCCUAUUUGAGACUAAGGUAGUAUCAGUAUUCUGGUUUUCAGGAAAUGUAUACUAUAUAGUUUUAAAAGAAUGUUAUCCCACAGACCAUCCAUUCAAGCAAACAAUUGUAACUGUAAAGUAGAGUCUCAGUUACACGUUUUGUCUUUAUCACAUAAUAGUCAUUGUAUAGCAUCGUGCAGGUCCGAGAACAGAGCUGCUCUAAAUCUUUGUGGUAGUCAUCUUAGUUUCUGUAACCUGAGGCAUAUGUUCCAGAGAGCAGGGAUACUUGUCUGGUCCAGUGGCCUUGGUGUUAAUAGUCAUGAUUGAAAGCUGCUUAUGGCAAGCUGAAAUCAGCACUGCAAACAGAUUUUUGUUGUUGUCUUGUUAUUUUUAGUUCUUGAAUCUAUGUAGUCGUUACAACAACAAAUAUUUAAAUAGCUAUUUUUGAUGUCAUUUAAAAAAAAUCAUACUCUGGCCUUUUUUCUCCUUACCAUUGUUUACCCAGAUCUUUAAAAAAAUUCAUCCGACAUUCAGAAAGUACUAAUUAUAAAGAUUGCUGACCAAGCAAAGUUUUGCAUCAAAAUGUCACCUCAUUGCUCUGACCAAAGACUGACUGUUCUGGUUUAACUCUUCUCUGUUAAACAUUGUUUUCCCAAGCUCCUUUCUGAAAGAAGACCCAGUGCAAAGCGGCCUUUAUUUUCUAUUUCCUAUCGGUGAAUAGACUACUUAGAGAAAAUGGGAGUUUAAAUGUGAACAGAAUGGAUUAGGAUGACAAGAGUUUGAUGGGUUUUUUCAGUACUGUAUUUAAGAAAAAAAAUAGCACAGCUAGGAGCCUCUGAUGUUGUCUAGUGUUUUACGUGGUCUGUUCAUAAAAUCCCCUUUUUUCAGUUUAUAAGAAUGUUCAUCUAACAGAAGAAAAUGCUGUAAAUAUUUGUAACAACAUUUUUUUUAACCAGGCCAAAAAAGGAAAAAAAAAAACGGUUUUUGGGAACAAGUUAACAUAUAAAGUGAUUUUAUAUAAAACAUCAGUUGUCUUGUAUAUUUUGAUAAGCAACAGAACCAGCUUUUAUUUGUAACACAGUUUGUGGCAUUGGAA